AUGGACCACACAGCAACUCAUCAGAGUCCCGUCGACAAACCCGACACUCGAUUCGAACCGACGGAGAAUCUUGCUACCGCACCAGACGGCAAUCCCCUUCUCCAGACUGACGCAGAUGUCAUCGCGCAGACCGUCGAGCUUCCGCCCGACCCAGACAAGAGCAUCGACGUCCAGCUCGACCUUAAGGACCCCGAGAUUAGGGACGUCGGUUGGAACAGGGAUCUCGCGCACCUUCCUCCAACCGUCGUGAACGGCCUCUCGAAUGAGGACCUCUUCGCCCUCGUUCGGCGCUUUAAUAAGCAAGUAUUUUACGUGAAGGCGAUCCCGCCGCCCCCUCCGGGUCAUCUCGACCUCGACAUUUCAGAGGAUGAAGAGUUCUCCCCGGACAAGCUUCGUGCACACUUGGAGCGUUUAUAUGUGACAGUCAUUGUAGGCAUGGCUGCGUCGGGGAAGCAUAUAGCCCGUAUCCGCUCGUGGAAUGAGCCAUUGCGCACAGCGUGCUUCUGCAUGGUACGUUCCUUCGCUCAAUAUGCCUACCACCUUGCAUGGUUCAGCAACAACCUCGGCGCGCUCCUCAGCCUCACGCUCAUCGCGCUCAUCCUCCAUCCUCCCGCCCGCAAAAUUCUCUUCCCACCUGCCCCACUGGCCGCCGUCAGCGCAUCUACUGGUAACCUCCAGGUGCCCCGCGCAGGGACGAUUGGCAGCAAAGACAGCCUCUCCGGCGCGCCUGAGGCGCAUAAGGGCGAAGCUGUCGAGCAAGAGGCUACUAACUUCGUUUCCGGCUUCGCCUCGCUCGCCGUCGGCGCAGCCACCGGGCAAAAGGAGGCACCACAUGUCGAGCAGGGAGCAGUCGGCGUGGGCGCCGCGCUGCCUGAUCCGACACGCCUUGUCGCAGAGACAGCAGACGCCAAGCAUGUCGCACAGGGGGCUCGCGCGGAUGGGAAGCACGAUGCGACAAAGCAACAUGUACAAGCUGCGAUAUGGGAGAAGGCACGCCCCGCAAUGCGUGCGCUCGCAGAUAUCACGGAUACGUGGGAGCGCUUUGCAAACGUGUUGUCGCCGACGCCGCCAUUCUCGCAUGCACCAAGGCUCCGGCUCGCUGUGCUCGUGCUCCCAUUACUACUUGCGACAACAGUGUUUAGGUCUGAGAUAUUCGUCAAGGCUGGGUCGUUCGGAUUGGGCUUCGCGUUGUUCGGCCAGCCACUCAUCUCACGCGGCGCACACUGGCUCACGCACCGGUUUCCAAACUGGCGCGAGAUGUUGCAGUUGCGUAGAUCGAUUCUCAAGGGCGUUCCAACAAACGCGCAACUCACCCUCACGUUGCUACGCAUCGCGGAAGAGAGCAAGACGCCUCUCCCACCCCCGCCUCCGACGAAUGGCAUAACGGAAGAGCCUGAGGAACAUCCGGACGGCAUCGAGGCUGCAGUCCGUGAGCACGACGACAUGGAGUUCGACACGUCGAACUACGAUGUCGAAGGUGUGGAUGCACACAUGGCCAUAGGCGAACACGCUGAGAAUGCUGCAACAGGCGAGGAUGGGAAGCCAAGGCCCCGACUAGCUAGCAAGCUCGCCCGCGCGCUCAAGGGCACGGGCAAAGCCGCGGUCAGCAGCGCGCUGGGCAUCGACCAUCUGAAGGCGCGGCUAGGAUCCGAGGCGGCAAAGCGCCGCCUGGGCGCGGUACCCGACGACAGUCCUGGGACGACCACAGAAGGGAGCGCCGGAAACAGGGCGGGCGCGGGCGAUGGACCGACGGCAUGGGCUGCGCGCUGGCACGGAAAGCGCGGCUACAUCGUGCUUGUGACCAGCGCGGCGUCGCCGUUCGUGGCGUUUGUGAAGGAGAAGGAUAUCAACAAAAACUUGAUUGGUCUCGCACUGCCAAAGGGCAUCAGCGGAUCGGGAGCGAACGCACCUACAGCCGCGUUCUCGGUCGCACUGGCGGAGGUUCAGGGACUGAAGAAGGUUGGUGGGUAUGGAUGGAAGGGGAAGAUGGUCAUCGGGUACGUGCUACAGCGCGAGGUGUUAGAUGGGCUCGAGAUCGAAGAUGAGGAUGGGAAGACGUGGACUAUGACGGCCAUCAAGGGGCGGGACGAGCUGUUCAAUAGGCUGAUCGCUGUGGGCGGGCAUAAGUGGGAGUGUCGAUGA